GCGCGUCUCCACAGACCCCAAACUGGUGCUAGGACCCAGGAGCGCAUGUUGCCUAGCGGUCCUGGCACACACAUUCCUGCCAUACCACAGUGAAUGGAAAUGUUUGUUGCGAGUCAGUCAACCGUGUUAAGCAGAGUUCCAAUCAGCUAAAGAGAGUCCCGGGAAAUUCACUUACAAAACUCUCCCCUCUGACAGACUGAUCAGUGUCAGGAUCUCGCUGGAUAACAUAAUCCAAUUCAUCUGAAACAUAUCCUGGCUACCUUUUGCCUACCACUGCAGCAGCAGACAUGCAUGGUUCUGAGGAGAGUACAUCUGGAACCGUGCUUCAUAGGUUUAAGCAAAAACAUCUCAAAUAUGGAACAGCUGGAAUCAGAGGAGGGGUAGAAAAUGACAGUUCUCAGAUGCCAAACAAACUCACGUCUACAGAAAACCUACUCUUUCAAAAGGAGGGUCAAGUAGCCCAUUCAUAUCAGCUUAUGCCCCUGCAGUCGCAGUCUCGACAGGAACCUCAAGGUCAGGAGCAUCAAGUGGACAGCAGCUCCAUGGAAAAAGCUGGUGGUAUGAGCCAAGGUGCAGGUAGAGCAGUCCAAGCGGCCCAGAUUUUGUCUGGGUUUGACACCCUGGAACUUCCAUCGUACGAGGAGGCUAAAAUCCAGUCUCAGCUUUACAGAGGACAGCAAAGUCCGAUGGACCCUCAGUCCCAAAUUCCUGGCCACAACCACCAGAGUCUUCAAAAUCCAGAUGACCUUUUAAACAAUUUUCAACAAAAUCAGGACCAGGACUUUCACAAGGAGGGCCAUAAAAAUAUUGCCCACCAAACUCAGCAGCAACAAAACCAGGUUCAGCAGAUACAGCAGUCUACAAUGUCUGACAGUCCCGCAAGCUCACAUUCCUGUCUACCAUCACUUUCUAACACACACUCACUCUCUUACCCUCCUUCUCUUUCAUCUUCUUACACCUCUCUCUCAGCAGUUCCCAUGAAGGCCCUUUUGGAGGGUCAAUCUUCGGUCCAGCAAGGAGGCACUGGUGGUACAUUUAUUUGUGAUGAAGGUCUGGCAGAGUUGAAACAGGGUCAUGUUCACUCUCUAAGUGAAAGGAUCAUGCAACUCAGUCUAGAAUGCAGUGAAGCUAAGCAAUGUGUAGGACCAUCCAAUUCACCUUGCACAGGAGACAUUACUCUUUGUGGGGCUGAUAAUACAGCAGAUUCUCUCUCACUAACUAGUAAGACCUCCAUGAGUAUUCUACAACUUCCACCACCACCCUUAAACCCGCCACAGUGGACAUUGGAUCAUAUAGGUCCUCCCCCAGAAUAUCCCUCUAAGUUCAAGGUACAGACUAUGCUUUCGCCCACAAUACACUCCAACUCGGACUCUCUGGAACAUGGUCACUUCAACAGUGAUACCUUGACGGCAGCCAUGUUAGAGACAGUGCCACUUAGAAGUAUAGCAAGACAGUGCCCUUUGACUACAUCACAGCACCAAACACAGACCAGUCCCAUGACUUCUGAGACUUGUAUCCUGCCCUCACAGGCUUCUCAGCCACAGUAUCAGGCAAUAUCCCUAUCUCAGUCCCUGGUAUUUCCCCCAGCUCAGACUGGAUCUGUGACUCAGGGGCUGUUUUCUUGUGUGGGCCCUUUUGGACAGCCUUUCCCGGGGGAAACAUUUGCCAUGGUAAGCCAUGGCAAGCAGAUGCUGGAGAUCCUAAAAGAAGAGAACCAAAGACUUAGACAAGAACUUCACAAGCAAAAUGAGAAGGCCAGCAAAUUACAGCGGUUGGAGGCGGAGACUGUGCACCUGUCAGAGACAUAUGAGAGUUUAGUGAAGAGCUCAUCCAAACGGGAUGCUCUGGAAAAAACCAUGAGGAAUAAACUAGAGGCAGAGAUCAGGCGUCUUCAUGAUUUUAACCGAGACUUGAGAGAUCGUUUGGAAACAGCCAAUCAACAGCUAGCCAGUCAGGAGACGAAGGGACAAGAUGAUGGACACUUGUAUCUUUCACAGAGAUCGUAAAUGGGACAUUGAUUUACAAGCAGUGACAGAAUCAGAAACUCAAACUGGAAAGUGAAGACAUGGCUGUAGUCGAGACCUGCCAGGCUUGGCUGGCCUGCCUCGGGACCAGAAGCGGAAGAUGGGAAGUUGAUGAGAGAAGAGACAGAGUCAAAAAGCAACUGAAAGGCGGGUCACUGAUGAGAGGCCUUUUAACUUCUGUGAAGGUCACACCUCCGGGGAGUCAAAGAGCCAAUGGUGACUUUUUUUUAAGUCACGAAGUUUAUGACUUCAAGCAUGGUAUUUUGUAUAUGUAACUGGAUUGGGUGCUGAUGCAAAAACUAUUAAAGAUUCUAAGAACACUUACAUGUUGCAUGGGUAUCAACAUAUAAUAUAUACUCUCAUUUAGAUCAUCAAAAUACGAACUUAUAGAUACCAAACAUGGAAUGGGUGAGGUUAUAUUAAAGGGCUCAUAUGGCGUUGCUAAAAAGAACAUUAUGUUGUGUAUUUGGUGUAAUGCAAUGUGUUUAUGUGGUUCAAGGUUUAAAAAACACAUUAUUUUCAACAAUGUACAUUAUUGUUGCUCCUCUAUGCCCCGCCUUUCUGGAACGCAUCGAUUUUUUCAAAGUUCAUCAUUCUGAAAAGCUAGGUGUACGCUGAUUGGCCAGCUAUCCAGUGCAUUGUGAUGGAAAUGUUACGCCCCUUAACAUACUGUCAUGCCGUCUCCCAGCAUGGCGAGACAAAACCAAUAUAACCCAUUACAAACGAGGCAUUUGAUGCAUCCAGUGGGGAUAUUAUUACUUAUUAUAAUGACUUAAGCCCAAUUCGGUCAGGACUAAGUGUUCUAAACUACGUUUGAGUUUUGAUUCUUACCACCUGACGUCUGCGAUUUUCAUGUAGCAAUUCAGACGGGACUAACAUCUCUGUGUUUAUUACAGAGGUAGGAGGGUCUGUUUUGUACAUCUGUGCAUCACAGAGAUCACGCACUCUGCAUGCGUGCAUUGCUUAGAGUCAUUCGGAUUGAUUACCAUUAGUAUUAUCACACAAAUACCAUGGUGAAGCUAAAUGGCUAGUAUAGCAAAACCAUGUUAAUGUGUGGUAACUAUUUUUAUUAGGGCCCAAGCCACUAAGGCGCAGAGCCCUAUUGAUUUCCUUAGGAUUCUUUUUUUUUUCUACUAUAUUGGGCUUUGUGGGGGCCUUAACAUGCUCAAAAACUCUUGAAAAAUGGCACACAUGUUGGAAUCUGUGGCCAUUAGGACACCACAGAGGCUGGGACCCUGGUGUGGCACAGGGGCUCUACAGCAUCCACUGGAACACAGUCUGAAAACGUGGUGUAUAGCUCACACAAACUUGCAUCUAUUCAUAUGAAACUCGUGUAGUGUCUGGACCAAUCAGACACACCAUUUUUCAGUUGAUUUAACAAAUCAAUAAUUCAUUAGAUCAACAAAUGAUCAGAGACCCCUCAGCCAAUAAACAUACUAGGUGCCAGGAUGUCUGCGAAUGACUCCAGACCCCUGGUUACCAUGGCAACCAUGACACCUCAGCCAGACCAUAUAACUUUUACAGCCUAAAAAUAUGUGGAGAGGAUCUUCCUCCUACUAAGUUCUCUCUGAAACAUACUGCUAUAAAAAUGGACUCUUCUCUAAUUAAUUCAUAGAAAAACCUUUCUUUGAAUGAACACAUAUAUAUUUCAGGUCAUUGUGUGUGUUGUUACUGUUC